AAUUUCACGCAUGCGCACAGGACCUACUCCUUCUAACAGACUUGGCUGGAGAGGCUUUGGGAAUUCCCCAGGACAUCUCCUUUCGCGAGACGACUUGACUUGUAAACAAUUUAGCACGGUAACGUUAAUAUUUAUUUUACUAAGUGAAAAACCAUCAAAGAUGAACUUUGAUGAUAUCAGUUAGAGCUUAGAUGCAGCGCCCUGUACUGUUUUCGUAGACUUGGUCCUCUAGCACCUUUAGCGUGCUAGCUAGCUAACUAACUGAUUGGACAUCAGUUACCAGCUUGAAAGCACAGCUAGCCUGCUACAUUGCUUUCGCAAACUGGUUACUAGAAUCAAUCGAUUUUAACCAGCUGUUGCAAAAUAGUCUAUUAUAAAAAACGAAUAGCUAGCUAGCAACAGUAUUCGUAAUGGCUGGUAUUCAGCCCAGGUGCGAUUUUGGAAAGCAGCAUGCACGGCCUAUGCUUGGCUUCGGGCUUGACAAACACGAAACUCUGGGUACUUCUGCACCGGAUGAUUGGUGCGACAGUGGGCUAGAAUGUCUGAGUGGAACAGCGUUGAGCCUGGAUGACUCUUUCAGCAAUGAGACAUCCAAAACCUGGGGGCCCAGGUCCCCUCCUCACACGGCCUCCUACCCCUCACUGGAUGACACUGACAAGCACCCUAUGGACUUUAGUUCACUGGGUGGUGGAGAGAGGUUGGACUCGGCUAUAGGGGACUCAAUUACAGAUGAGACGGUGGGGAGUAUAUCACAGGGGCUGGGGACCAUGCACCUGAAUGAACCAGUUAUUAGUUACACAGUCGACGACCGUGGGAGGCAAGCAGCACCGAGCCUGGAGGGGGAAAGACAAAGGAGAGACGAGAUGCUCAACACACUGCACUUUGUGUCUGAGGAUGGAGACACGGCUCUUCACUUGGCUCUUAUCCACGAGCACUGGGCCUUCGUACAAUACUUACUGGGGGUGAUCGCUCUGGACAGGAGCUGGGUGCCUUACCUGGACAUCCAGAACCACUUGGGACAGACUGCCCUCCACCUGGCUGUCAUAGUGGACCAGUCCCAGUGUGUGCGUGGGCUGCUGUGGGGCGGUGCGAGUGCUGAGCUCCAGGAGAGAGGAGGGAACACACCGCUGCACUUGGCUGUCAGGGAGCUGAGGCAGGACUGUGUACGAGAGAUCACCUCCAACUGCCAGAGCACCGACUAUCUACAAGUCACCAACUACUCGGGGGUGAGUGCACUGCAUUUGGCAGUACAGAGGGGCAAGGAAGACAUAAUCAGCAUGCUGAUUGAGGCAGGAGCUGAUGUUAACCAGAGGGACCCAGGCUCAGGCCGUUCCCCUCUCCAUUGGGCCGUGGAGUCCCAGAGCCCCAGGGUGGUGCAGUUGCUGCUGCAGAGGGGAGCCAAUGUAGACCAGCCCUCCUAUGCAGGCCACACAGCCCUCUACUGCUCCCUGCACAGGCCCAACAAAGAGGUACAGGCCCUGCUCAAGGCUGGAGGGGCCUCUGACGCACAGGCCCAGGAAGAAGAGGAGAGGGAGAGUGAAGAGGAGUUUGAUGACGUUGUUAUCAAUGGACAACGAGUGCACUAACCAUGAACAUGGAACCUGAGCCACAUGGAGUCAUUGCGCUGCUGUUGGGCUAAGCGAUUGAUGUGCAUCAUGAGCAUUUGUGUGUGUGUGUGUGUGGUUCGUGUAUGUAUGUGUGCCUGUAAAUUGUAUAUAGCAAGGCUGCAGAGUAGGUCCAGUUCUCAACCCAGUCCGGACUUAAGUCAUUCGAUUUAAUUGAUCAGUUGUUCCUGUGUCAAUUUAGUUCCUUUACAUUGUGCAGGGGGUAAGCUAAUGUUAGUUGGGUCACAUGGUUUUAGUGUUUGUCUGGAGCUAAGCUUGCCAAGACUAGUGUUGCCUACCUUACGCAUGGGAGAAUGAUCCAAACAAAAGCUGUGUUCUGUCAAACUAGUUGCCAGUUUCACCACUACAGAUUCCAACUUUAAAGCUGGAGUCCUUCAUAAUAUAAUAAUAUAAUAAUAAUUAUAAUAUAUGCCAUUUAGCUGACGCUUUUAUCCAAAGCGACUUACAGUCAUGUGUGCAUACAUUCUACGUAUGGGUGGUCCCGGGAAUCGAACCCACUACCCUGGCGUUACAAGCGCCAUGCUCUACCAACUGAGCCACAGAAGGACCUUCAUGGUAAAACUGCCACACCCGUUUGCGAUAUGACAACAACAAAGAAGUUACUGCAAACAAUGAACUGUGUUUUUCUCUCGAACAUGAUUGGACGCGAGAUAGAACAGCAGUGUAUAUAGUGCAUUUAUUUUUACCAUGAGACCCAACGCUCCCCAGCUCUGCUUCGUCAACAAAACAAAAACAGCCGUGGCGCAGUUUCCCCUACUGCGGAUUCUAUCUUUAAGGCUAUAGAUGAGACAUGUGGGUUUGUGACUAAAGCAAUUAGAAGGAUCUGAGACGUUACCAUUAUUAACAAGGCAGGGUUAGGGGAAGAUGUGAAUGUACAUAAGGUAGAGGUUUAUGCAUGCCAAGGUAAGUAGUUCACAAGGGACGGGAGGAGAAAAGAGAGGGGCAAACUCAACACAUUGCUAAAUCAUCUUUGCCUCAAGUUGAAAUAAAUGAUUGUUUAACGGCAUUUGGGAACCUCUGCAAGUCUAUGUGAGUUGAGAUUUUUUGACCUAUCACAUGGGUAGAGGGUAAUGUGAUGUGACAAUUUCAGUAAUGAAUCAGUCCCUGACUAUGAGUGCUCUAACCAGGGCCUGACGACUAUCCCUGGAAUACCCUGGAGUGAUGUCAUUCAGUUCAUUUGAUGUAUAGUUCACAAAUUAAAGACGGAGCUACAAAAAGCAGACACGGAGACCCGCCAGAACAAGGGUUUAAUCUGGUGUAAAUUAGCUUUCUGUAUUUUUGACUUAUUUUUGUAUUCUUUUGAAAAAGGAUUGACUGGUGAUUUGACAGGCUAGGAUGCCUCUGUAUUUGCUCGUCAGCAGGAGCAUGAUGUCUACAUUAUUAUUGUAAUAAAACUGUAAAAUGUAUAGAGUAUUAAGAGGA